AUGCUGGGGGCACCACCCCCUAACCCCGAACCCCGAACAGGGGACAAGAGAGCAAAGCCAGGGAGAAGAGAUGAAGAAUCUUAUCCGCCUGACGAAAUGAAGAAGGCGAGCGAGAGAAAGAAAAAGGAAAGAAAGAAGAAAAAAGAGCAGAGAGUCGAGCAGCAGCAGGCGAAGGAAUGGGACGAGAAAUCUCGGGGAGAUGAGGCAGGCGAAAAAACCAACAUUGAAUGA